AUGCCAGCCCCAUUAGCAAAAGGAAUCAUCAUCGGUGUGUCUGUCCUCGUCGCAGCUGGCAUCGCCGUCUACGAAAGCCCCCAAUUCCGACGAUGGGUAAACCAGUCGCGCCGAAAAGUAGCCGUCGCUCUGUACAAUCUAGGCGAUGAAAUCCAUCCGCGGGAAGCGCAUUCGGUGGACAUCUCCAUGACCGAAGAAACUGGCGCAGCUGCCCAAGAACGAAGACGUCAUGCUCGAGAAGAAAUUGAGCGACGCAGGGAAUUCAAUCAAGCAAGGAGGAGGAGCACACAGUCCAGCAGUGCGGCUGUCAGCUUUGAUACGCUGGUCGAUCAGGAUGGUAGGCUAAAGUCUGAGGAUGGAGAAGAUGAUCCGCGUGGAAUAAUUAUGAAUGAUGACCAUGCGACUGCACAAUCAACGGCGCUCGACACCAGUAACCUGACUUCAUUGCAUAAACGCGGCGGGUCGCCUGAGCCGGAAGCUCUUACUAAUGCCCGUCUGCAAGCCCAGCAUGAGAUGUUGGAGGCUAUGGAACGGGAUCGUCUUCAUCUUACUCUGCCAUCAGAGACUCCAUCACACCACCCUUCAGAAUCGCUGAUUGAUCUUACCCCAACAUCCGAAUUUCCCGAAUCCAACCAGGAGUCUACAUCCAAUCGCGGCCAAAUGGAAAACUCGGAAUACUUCUCCGUCGCAAACCUCUCUAAUUCCACACACGCUUCGGAAAUUGGUCAAUCCGAGUAUUUCUAUGCUCAUCCAAACCAGUCCAGUUCUUCUACCAAUUCAAGCAUUCCAGCCAACCCGUUCGUCGACCACGACGUAUCGACUGCAUCGUCUAUACCAGGAAGUCUUGAAAAUGUCCACGACGAACUAUCUUCGGAUACUCUAAGUGAAUGGGGACAGCCUACAGACGGUAUACUGACUCCCGCCAGCUGGUCUGAGGUAGGCAGUGUGAUUAGCAGUGAUGACGAGCAUCAUCAUCAACAGUAA